UGUUAAUAAAAGAUUUAUAAUGGAAUCUGAUAAACUUAUCUUCGCAAUUGGUAACCCACUUCUUGACAUUGCCAGUCAGCCUUACGGAUCAGGAAUCGAAGGAUUCACUCAUGAAGCAGGACAAGAGUUAAUGGAAAAGUAUUCCCUUGUUAAAGCACUUGCCUGUCUUGCUGAAGACAAGCACAAGGAACUUUUCGACCAACUCUGGGCUGAUGAGAAAGGAGACAGAACUCCAGGAGGUGCCGCUAUGAAUGCUAUCAGAUGUGCCAACUUCAUGCUCAAGGAAAAAGACAACAGUUGUCUCUACUUCGGAAGCAUUGCUGAUGACGAGAGAGGACAAGUUCUCAAAAACAGCCUUGAUGCUGAGAAAAUUGAUUACAACUUCUCUAUCACCGACGAGACUUACACUGGAGCAUGUGCUGUCGUUAUUGUUGAUAACGAGAGAUCUCUCUGUGCUGACUUAGCUGCUUGCUUGAAAUACAAAACUUCUCAUUUGGAGGAAAACUUGGACUUGAUUAAACAAUAUAAAAUCAUCUACACCACUGGAUUCUUCAUUACUAGUAAUGCUGAAGCUUUGCAAAAGGUAGCUGAGACUGCUCACGAGAACAAUAUUCUUUUCUCUUUCAAUCUCUCUGCCACUUUCCUCAUCUCAGGAUGUAAGGAUACCUACCUUGCUAUCCUUCCUUACGUAGAUUUAGUCUUCGGUAACGAAGAUGAAAUCGACGUCUUUGGAGAGACCCAUGAGGUUGGUUCUAAAGAUAGAAAGGAGAUUGCUGCAUACAUUGCUAAAAUGGACAAGAAGAACACUGCUAGAGAAAGAAAAGUGAUCAUCACCCAAGGUCCAGAUGACACUAUCGUAGCUGUUCAUAAUUUCGAGACCAACGAGACUACCGUGACUUGCCACCCAGUCCCAGCUUUGGCUAAGGAAGAUAUUGUAGACACUAACUCUGCUGGAGAUUCCUUCACUGGAGGAUACCUCGCUGCUUUGGCUCAAGGUCAUUCCGAAGAGACCUGCCUCGAAGCCGCUAGAUACUGUGCUAAGUACAUCUUGAAGACCCCUGGAUGUCAAUUCCUCAGAGAGAAUGAAUUCCAAUAUCCAGCCCUUGAAUAAUUAAGGAAUCUCUUUCAAUA